AUUACAAAGGAAAUGUUUGAGGAGCCUGAGCAGAGCAGAGCAAAUUUUCCACAAAUCCAAUAAAUGUCCCACAAGUAUUUGGCGAUUGGGUUUUUGUUAGUUUAUCUAUAAUGGCUCUGUUAUUGAGAUUGCCCACAAUCUGUUUUCCUCAAAGACUCUCACCAAAUUCCACAACAAGGAUGGCCCUUAAUUCCCCCAACAUCUCAAGAGUCUCUUUCCCAGAUUAUUCCACCAAAAAAUCUGAUGAACUUACCAAUAGAAAACUUCCCAUUCUUCUUUUUGACAUUAUGGACACCAUUGUUCGCGACCCUUUUUACCACGAUGUCCCUGCCUUCUUCAGAAUGUCUAUGGCGGAACUAAUAGAAAGCAAGCAUCCAACUGCGUGGAUCGAGUUCGAAAAGGGGUUGAUUGAUGAGGCAGAGUUAGCCAGAAAGUUCUUUAAAGAUGGAAGGCCAUUUGAUUUAGAAGGCCUCAAAGAUUGUAUGACAAGAGGAUAUUCCUACAUUGAAGGUGUUGAAGAAUUGCUUCUUGCGCUAAAAACUAACAACUAUGAGAUGCAUGCAUUUACAAACUAUCCCAUCUGGUGUGAAAUGAUCGAGGAUAAGCUAAAUCUGUCGAGAUAUUUGUCUUGGACAUUCUGUUCAUUUAAGAAUGGAAAGAGAAAGCCGGAUCCUGAAUUCUAUUUGGACGUUGUGAAACAUCUUGAAGUUGAUCCAGAAAACUGUGUUUUUGUUGAUGACAGGAUGAAAAAUGUGGAGGCUGCAAGAGGAGUUGGCAUAGUUGGUGUACAGUUUAAGAGUGCAUAUACACUCCGUCAAGAUCUUUCUAUGAUGCGCCUUGACGUCUCAGGAUGACCUAUGACUAAUAUGUUAAUUUUGUUGACAUACUGUAUUUGCUUGUACUAAUUAAAUUUUUUG